AUGGUGUCGCUCGACCUGAUGAUGCAGCUUGACUGGAUUACCGUUCUCAACCACGGCAAAAUGGUUCUCCUAGCCGCCUGCCAGCGACUGGCUGUUGCAUCCGCGAUCCUCUCUACUGUCACGGCCUCAAGCGCGGUCGCCCUUCCUGGUUAUGGUAGCUUUGUUGGCACGACUGUCAAUCAGACGUUGACGAAGAAGGCUCUGCCAGCUCCCGUGGAUGCGUGGCUGGGAAUCGACUACGCCAAGCAACCUGUUGGCGAAGGACGUUUCGCGCAUGCGAGCCCUCCAGCGUCGUUCUACGGCACGAAGAAUGCUACCCAAUACGGCUUUGCGUGUAUCCAGGAUCCGGAGGACUUACCUCUUCCGCAAGAUGAGGCUUGCUUGAGCAUGAACGUUUUCCGCCCAAAGAACGUUUCGUCGAGCGCCAAGGUACCCGUGCUGAUUUGGAUCCAUGGAGGUGGGUUCGUGCAGGGAAGCGCGCGAAGCUUCGACGGUGCUGCUUUUGUAGCAAACUCCAAAGAGCCGCUGAUUGCUGUGACAUUCAACUACCGGGUCAACUCGCUCGGCUUCAUGCCUCAUCCAGUAUUUGAGCGCCAGGGACUGCUGAACCUUGGACUCCUUGACCAAGAGCUGUUAUUCAAGUUCGUGCAGCAGUACAUUUCCGCUUUUGGCGGCGACCCCAGCCGAGUGACCAUUGGCGGUCGUUCUGCAGGUGCUCAUUCGGUAGGCAUUCAUUUGUUCCACAACUACAACAAGACCGAGGGUGCCUCGCCCCUCUUCUCCCAGGCUCUCCUCCAGUCUGGAAGUAUUACCGCUCGUUCGUUUCCCAACGCAUCUUACCCGCUGUAUCAGCAGCAGUUCAGCCGCGUCCUGCAAGCUAUUGGCUGCGAUGAGGUCGCCAACAGCACGGAUGCUGCCAUCUUGAGCUGCUUGCGUGCCGCGCCCAUCGAGAAGAUCGAGAAGAUCAGCUCAGAUCUGUUCAGAGAGUCCGAGUAUCCGAUUACUUGGCCAUUCCAGCCUACCCGCGGCGGCCCACUCCUCGAGCUUUCAGGUUCAGAGGCCGGCAUCAACGAGCAGUUCUUCAAGAUCCCGACCAUCACCACAAAUGUCCUUGAUGAGGCGAAAUACUACAGCGCUGGUAACAUCUCGACGAACGAGCAAUUCCUCGCUUUCUUCAAGAACCUUAUCCCUGGUCUGAGUAUCGCAGAUCUUUCCGAUUUGGAGGCCCUGUACCCCGAUCCUGCCAACGACGUGAAUGGCCCGUACGCAAACAGUCCCAACUCGACACAGUACAACCGCAUCUCCGCAGCUCUUACAGACUUCAUGUACGUCUGCCCCGGUCAGGAAACAGCCACGCGCAUGUCCGCUGCCGGAGUCCCCGUGUACAAGCUGAACUUCGCUGUCAACAACACCUUUCCCACAUGGAAAGGCAUACCCCAUACAGCCGAUACCAAGUACACAUGGCUCGAGCCAAGCGGAACUGGUGGCGUACAGCACCCUGAGGUCGGCAAGUUACUGCACGGAUAUUUCUCGGAUUUCGUAAGCCUUGGUGACCCGAAUGCUGGUAACAAGCCUGGUCUCCCAAGGUGGCCCAAGUACGAGGAUGACUAUGAGAACGUUGAGGAUGGAGGCGUUUGGAAACAGCAGAGUGGAAGGAGAUGGGAAUAG